AUGGAGGAAAAGGAAAGCCUCCUGCCAUCGUCGAAACCCGCCCUCGAGACCAGCCCAUCAGCCCGUCCAGCCUCAGCAAUCUCAGCCUCAUCUUCCCUCUCCACUCGCCCUGCUGGCCAUCUCGCCAAGGACGUCAAAGUAUGGCUCCCUUCAAACAACGCUCAGCCCGCUCCACGACCAGUCCUAGGAGACGAUUAUUUCAUCCCGACAGCCGCCGAGGCUCAAAGGGCUUUCUCAGGACAGGUUGCUAGUAGAGAAAAAUUAACGGACGGGCCGAUGCUCACGAAAACACUCAGAGAAAGAGAACAGAAUCAGAAGAAAAAUGAGAAAUUGGCGCGGUUUCCUAUUACUCGGAUUAGAAUCAAGUUUGCCGAUCGGUCGAUGUUAGAAGGCGCACUCCCCAGUACUUGUAAAAUAUCUGAUGUUUACCGGUUUGUCAAGGAAUCGUUGCUCGAAAAUGUCCGGACCAAACCCUUUGUACUGUAUCAAACGCCUCCUCGUCGUGAAUUCUUGGCAACAGAUUCGAAAAUUAACACCAGUAAUUUACUCGAUCUUCAACUGGCGCCUUCCUCUCUUCUGCUGAUAAAAUUCACCGAAGAAAUCUACAACCAUUCGACCAACCCGCCUCCUCUAACACCUGAGCUACUAAGCGCGGCCCAGCCACUGCCUCUGCCACCGACCUUGGAUGCACAAAAUGGGAGCCAACCGACUGGCAACACGCUCGAGAAGGGCAAACAGAAAGUCGACGAUAUCCUCAAGGCGGGCGCCAAAGUACCCAAAUGGCUGCAAAAUCUAACGAAGAAAUAG